AUUAUGUGGAACACAAACGAAACGGAGGCGACACCCAACUUUAGUAAGGAGGUGGUCAUACGAACCCUCACGGGUUGUCUCUUGUCCCUGCUCAUCGUAUGGACUUUACUGGGUAACAUUCUGGUGUGCUCCGCGGUCAUGCGCUUUCGGCACCUCCGGACCAAAGUCACCAACAUUUUCAUAGUUUCCCUGGCUUUGUCGGAUUUAUUCGUGGCCGUCCUAGUGAUGCCCUGGAAAGCCGUGGCCGAGGUCGCGGGGUUCUGGCCGUUUGGUACUUUCUGCAGCGUCUGGGUCGCUUUUGACAUCAUGUGCUCCACCGCGUCCAUCCUCAACCUCUGCAUCAUAAGCGUGGAUCGAUACUGGGCCAUUUCCAGUCCCUUCCGCUACGAGAGAAAAAUGACCCAUCGAGUUGCCUUUGUCAUGAUCGGCGUAGCUUGGCUGUUGUCUGUGCUUAUUUCGUUCAUACCCGUCCAACUCAACUGGCACAAAGCCAGCGAUGACGAAACGACUGGGACGCGCAACUCCUCCGAGAACGAGCCGGAGGAGAGCUGCGACUCCAGCCUCAACAGAGAGUACGCCAUCUCGUCGUCUUUGAUAAGCUUCUAUAUCCCCGUAGCAAUAAUGAUUGUGACUUACACCCGAAUAUAUAGGAUUGCACAAAUACAAAUUCGGAGGAUAGCUAGCCUCGAGCGCGCGGCGGAACACGCGCAAAGCUGCAGGACAAACCGACUAGAGUGCCAACACCACAACACGCUGAAAACGUCGAUCAAACGGGAGACCAAAGUUCUGAAAACUCUGUCGGUGAUCAUGGGCGUCUUCGUGUGUUGCUGGUUACCCUUCUUCAUCUUAAACUGCGUGGUUCCCUUCUGCGACAGGCCGGCCACCGGCGAGGACGCGGGUCUUCCGUGCGUCAGCGAGACGACUUUUGACGUCUUCGUGUGGUUCGGGUGGACCAACUCGUCGCUGAACCCCAUCAUAUACGCGUUCAACGCGGAGUUCAGAAAGGCGUUCGCAAGCCUCCUGGGCUGCCGCUACUUCUGCUCCAACACGCAGGUAGAAACGGUCAACAUCAGCAACGAGCUGGUCUCAUACAACCAAGACACGAUCAUACACAAAGAAAUUGCUAACGCCUACGUGAACAUAAUUCCCAACGUGGUCGAGUGCAUCGACCACGAAGCCACGUUUGACCGGAUAUCACAGUUCUCUCACCCCAAUGACAACGCCACCGACUCCGUCUGUGACCUGGAGGACUGCGAGGCGGACCUUAGCCUCGACAGAAUGUCACAGUUCACACCAAAUGGAUUACACUGACCAGAAAACUGCAUCAUCAAAAAUGGAUGUAUUGCGUCAUAUUUGAAUUUUGAUGUUGUUGUCCCACACUUAAAAAAAAUAGAAGUGAUGUA